UUACCUACUGGUGGAACUCCCGUCACCAUGAGUGAUGAACUGUUUCGCAAGCAAGAAGAACUUGAAAGAAAGGCACAGGAGUUACGAAUGCGUGAAGAGGAGCUCAAUCGGCGUCAGCAGCAACAGAAUAUAACUGCAGCAAACACUGCGCAACAUCCGCACAAUUGGCCGCCCCUCCCGUCUUUUAUCCCAAUCGAGCCUUGCUUCUAUCAGGACAUUGAAGUUGAGAUCCCAGUGCAGUUCCAGAAAACAGUGACUGUUGUAUAUUAUGUAUUUUUAAUCUACGUCUUGGCUCUAACAGUCAAUGUGGUUGCUUCGCUUUUCUACAUGCUCUUCGCAGGAGGUCCUGUUGGGCAGUUGCUGCUUGCCAUCAUACAACUAUGUUUAUUUUCACCAUGUUCAUUUUUAUUCUGGUUCCGUCCUGUCUACAAAGCGUUCCGUAAUGACUCGUCAUUCAACUUUAUGGUAUUCUUCUUUGUGCUAUUUUUCCAUUCUAUAUUUACUCUCGUGCAAACCCUUGGAGUCUCUUCAUACGCAUGCGGUUGGAUCAACACCAUCGAGACUUUUGGAGUUUCGAUUCCAAUCGCCUUGAUUAUGUUGGUUUCGGCCCUCUGUUUCACCGCUGCUCUUGCUGGCAUGGUAUACGCAUUAAUCAGGGUGCACAAGUUGUACAGAGGAUCAGGAUUUUCUAUCGAUAAAGCUCGCCAAGAAUUCACAAAUGGAGUGAUGGCCGACAGAAACGUGCAAGCAGCGGCCACAGCUGCGACUACUGCAGCUGCUGGUGCAGCUUUCCAACAAGCAACCCAGGGCCGUUUCUAG